ACUUCAGGAUGCACUGGUUAUUGUUCCCCAAUUUAGGGCUGCUUGUGUGUUUUCACAGCUGUAUAUCAGCCUUUACAGUGGAAACCAGAACCCUGACAUUCGAUGACUCCUAUUAUGAGUAUGUGCCUGAUCGCCUGCAAUGGAGCAGUGCAGGGGAACUAUGUAAGCACCGCUCUGGGGCCCUAGCCACAGUCUCCAACCCAGGAGAGAACCAAGACCUAACCAGCUUUUUAAAAUCUUUGAACAUCUCUCAACCUGUGUGGAUUGCCAGGAAAGUCAUGACGCAUCUGACAAGUUCCUCUCAGACCCUGAUUCUGGAAUUCACCGGGCGCUCAGACAGGAGUCAUGCCCGUCUCCUGCACAAGUUCCCCUCCAUGGGCUCAGUGACCGUUUGCACCCGUCUCCUCUUCGAUCCCAACUGCUUUGGAAUUUCCACCAUUUUCUCUUAUUCCAUCCAGUCAUAUAUUAAUGAGUUCCAGCUCCGCGCAAACCUGAUCCAGGGCAAGCCUGUGCAGCUGGCUCUUAUGGUGCAUGGCAUUCAUGGGCUUUACCAAGAAGCAUUUGACCAUGACGACUUCUGGCACUCUGUGUGCGUUACUUGGAGCCAGAAUGGUGGACGCUGGGCACUAUAUACUGAUGGCCUUGGGUUAUCUAGGGGUGAUGGCCUUAACAGUUCUGACAGCAUCGGUCCUGAUGGUAUUUUCAUUAUCGGGCAGGAGCAGGACACUUUUGGGGGCUCAUUUAAGAAGGACGAGUCAUUCUCAGGGAGCAUCACAGAGCUGCACAUUUGGGAUCGGGUACUGAAUGGCAGUGAAAUCCUCACCAUGGAAAAAGAGUGCUCGCCCAUUUCCUCUGGGCUGGUGUUCAAGUGGAGUGGACCAGACAUGGAAAUAGAGUCCUCACUUACGAAGCUGAGGGGAGACAACCCGUGUCAAGGUAACUUCACUGUGUUAGCAAAUGUGCUCUUGGAUUCCGUUCGGGAUGGAAAUUCUUUGCAGAAUCAAACAUUCUCCCUUGAGUUCUUCCACAGCCCUCAGUCUGAUGAGGAUUGUGACAUCUUUGACCCUGUUACUGGGGGCUGGAGCCUAGUCAAGUGUGACUCAUUCAGAGGGGCUGUCUGCCAGUUUAAGAAAGAGGUGCUGGAUGUUUUCAGUUUACCGAAGACACCAUUCUUCAGUAGUCUGAGCAAGGACCCUCUGACUAAACGCGUGAUGGAGGAGCUGAGCAUCAACAGUUCCUGGAACAGAGAUCUGACCUCACUGCAGCAGCUGUCCCAGGCUGUCCUGCAUACUGUGGAGGCUGGUGGCCCAAAUGCUCUCACCUCCAGUGAUGUCCUCUACCUCUCCCAGAUGGUUGAGAUGGACCUGACUGCACUGGCUAGUUCUCACUCUGCCAGACAUGAUGCAGCAGAGGUCAUGGUCUCGAUUGCGACUAACUAUGUGAAGGCCGCAAGUUUGAUGCUGGAGCCUCACAUGGCUACACAGUGGAUGGGCCUGACAGAGGAUGGGGUCAGCGUGGGACCAUUUACCAUUGUCAAGAGCAUUGACAAUCUCACUGAAGCUCUUUCAGACAUGUUAUCUGCUGAGAGAAGAGGCUUCACUCUUUCUACAAAGAACAUAGAUGUGUACAUGAAAUGGCAGAGGCUGUCUGAAGAUCUCUGUAGUCAAGUCUUCAAGCCAUCUGUGGUCGGCUCUCCCGCCACUGGCAGCAGCGGUCGGGAUGAGUUGAUAAUACCUGACUCUGAACUCCAGAGGAUACACACGCUGGGAUAUGAGGAAGUGAUGUUUAUUCAUACCCACUUUAGCCAUCUGAGUGAGAUUGUGGCUGGAGCGCAGGAACCUCCAGUGAGUCACCAAGAGAAAACUAAAAGAAUUCUCCCAGGUCACCUGGCUUCUGCUGUCAUAUCAGCCACCGUCCGUGAUACCUCCAAGGCACAAACCAUCCCUGUGGCUGUCCAGUACACUCUUUCUUCAUCACAUGUGGUGGAGUAUUCACAACGAGUUUCCCCUAUUUGUGCCUUUUGGAAUUUCAGCCUGAUGGAUAGUCAUACCAAUAGCUGGUCCGGUGAUGGUUGCAGGGUGACCUUUGCCGGCACUGGUGUCACUUCUUGUCUAUGUAACCACACCACCAACUUUGCAGUGCUGAUGAACUACCUGGAGUCGAAGUGGAGUCCUGAGGAGCAGCUUAUUUUGACCAAACUGACAUUCGUCGGCUCUGGCGCGUCUCUGUGUGCACUGGUGGUGACAUUGAUGCUGUUCACUGUGUUGGAUAUCCCCAAAUCCGACAGGACGUCCAUUCAUAAGAACCUUUUCAUCGCUCUGAUCUGCGCUCAGGUGAUUCUGCUUUGCAGCGGCUCAGCCAUUCACAACAAGGUGGCGUGUACACUUGUGGCGGCACUGCUUCAUCUCUUCUUCAUGGCAGCAUUUAGCUGGAUGCUGGUGGAGGGUCUGCUCCUCUGGAGCAAAGUGGUCGCGGUCAACCUAAGCGAGGAUCGACACAUGAAAUAUUACUAUCUCAUCGGCUGGGGUCUGCCGGUGCUGAUAGUCACCAUCACACUGGCAUCGGCCUCAGGCAAAUACUCAGCCGACGGCUACUGUUGGCUCAGUGUCCAGAAUGGCGUUAUCUGGGGAUUUGCUGGGCCCGUCAUCUUCAUCAUCAUGGUAAAUAUCAUGAUCCUGACUCGGGUGGUGGUCAUCACCAUAUCCACAGCAAAGAGAAGGUCCAUCAUGCUGGCCAUGGGCACCAGUCCUGUGGAACAAGCCUAUGAGCAAAUCAGGUACUAA